AUGAUGUCGACUGAGAAUAAUGGUUUGUCUAUAAGGGAAAGCGUCUUGCUUGCUCAACAAUUCUUUCUUUCUUUCUUUCUCCUCCUUCCUUCCUUCCUUCCUUCCUUCCUCCUCCCUUCUUCCGUGUUUCUUUUUAUGUCUCGCUCUUUUCUUUCUUUCUUCUCCUUUCUCUCUUUAUGGGUCUCAUUGAUUGAUUUCUUUCUUUCUUUCUUUCUUUCUUUCUUUCUUUCUUUCUUUCUUUCUUUCUUUCUUUCUUCUCCCUUCUCCCGUCUCUCUUUUUGUGUGUGUCUCUUUCUUUCUUUUUGUGUUUUUCUUUCUUCCUUUUUGUGUUUUUUUCUUUCUUUCUUUCUUUCUUUCUUUCUUUCUUUCUUUCUUUGUCUCAUUGAUUUUUUCUUUCUUUCUCCUCCCUUUUCCCGUCUCUCUUUUUGUGUUUCUUUCUUUCUUUCUUUCUUUCUUUCUUUCUUUCUUUCUUUCUUUCUUUCUGUGUCAUUUUCUUUCUUCCUUUUUGUGUCUCUUUUUCUUUCUUUCUUUCUUUCUUUCUUUCUUUCUUUCUUUCUUUUUUUUCUUUUCCCUCACUUCCUACGAGUGCUACAGAGCAAGUUUUCUCUCACAAAAGCAAUGCGUACCCUAGAAAACAUAUCUAUCUUAUUUUGGCAGGAUCUUCAGAGACCCCUCACCAUGGAGCAAUGA